UUAAUGGUAAACCUAUGAAUGGUUGUCCUUGGACAACCACUUAUACAGCCCAGGUGAGCCUGGGGGGCUUCUCCAAGUCUGGGGGUGGGCUCUGUUCCUCCCUAAUACCUCCCCUUUCCACAGCUCCCGCACCAGCUACCACGUUCCUUCCUACUUCACCAUCACCUGUGCAGCCAGAAUCCACCACAGCUAUGGGAUACAACCUGAAGACCCUCAUACUUAACUUCACCAUCUCCAACCUUCCGUACUCAGCAGACAUGAGCAAUGGCUCCGCCAUGUUCAACUCCACUAAGAUGAUCCUGCAUCGCCUGCUUGGAUCCUUGUUCCAGAAGAGCAGUCUGGGCCCCUUCUACUCAGCUUGCAGACUGAUCUCCCUCAAACCUGAGAAGGAUGGUGCAACCACCAGCGUGGAUGUUGUCUGCACCUACCACCCUGACCCCAUGAGCCACAGGCUGGACAUAGAGCAGCUUUACUGGGAGCUGAGCCAACUGACCCAUGGUGUCACCCAGCUGGGCUUCUACACUCUGGUCAAGGACAGCCUCUUCAUCAAUGGCUAUGCACCCCAGAGUUUAUCUAUCCAGAGGGAAUACCAGCUAAAUUUCCACAUCAUCAACUGGAAUCUCAGCAACCCAGACCCCACGUCACCAGAGUCCAUUGCCCUGCUGUGGGACGUCAACGACAAGGUCACCAAACUCUACAGAAGCAGCCAGCUACAAGACGUAUUCCUCUACUGCCUGGUCACCAACUUGACGUUGGAUCCCAUAUCGGUCACCAUCAAGGCCCGGUUCUCCUCCAGUGUGGACUCCAGCAUGGUGAAGCAAGUAUUUCUAGACAAGACCCUGAACACCUCAUCCCACUGGCUGGGUGCCACCUACCAGCUCACAGAUGUGCACGUGACAGAUGCGGAGCCAUCAGUUCACCCACCAACAGACCAACCAGUGAUCAGCCCCAGUUUCCAGAAAGUCCAGCUAAAUUUCACUGUCACCAACCUAUUCUAUUCUCAGGACAUGAAACAGCCAGACACUCCCAAAUACCAGAGAAACAAGAGAAAUAUUGAAGAUGCGCUCAACCAGCUCUUCCGAAACAGCAGCAUCAAGACUCAUUUUUCUGACUGUGAAGUUUCAGCAUUCAGGUCUGUCCCUCCAAGCAACCACACUGGGGUAAACGCUCAGUGUUACUUCACGCUUCUGACUCGGAGUCCAUACCAAGUUGUCAUCUAUGAGGAAUUCCUGCGUCUGACCAAGAAUGGUACUCAGCUGCAGAAUUUCACCCUGGACAGGAACAGUCUCCUUGUGGAUGGGUAUUCUCCCAACAGAAAUGAUGUCGUGACUGAGAAUUCUGACCUCCCCUUCUGGGCCAUCAUCCUCAUCUGCCUGGCGGGACUCCUGUUGCUCAUCAUGGUCCUGAUCAGCUUUUUCCUGGUCACUGUCCACCGGCGGAAGAAGGAGGCAGACUAUGAGGUUCAGCAACACCAGCCCAACAGCAUGGGCCAUUACCUGCCACACCUGGACCUGAGGAAGCUGCAGUGACACCUGCCCAAGUCCCCUUUCCCCAGACAGUUUCCAAAGGAGGUUGGCUGGAACAGAAAUAAACCACGUUGGUCGGACACAAGCUCCAGGCCUGUCUUGGCCUGGCCCCUACCUGGUUCACAGUGGACUGAGAGAAGAGGUCUCCCCUUCGCUGUCCUGAAGGCAGCUGCAACUUCUGUCUGAUGGUUUCACACCCUCAGGGACCCCAGGACUGGUGAGAUAGGCACAGACGUGGCUAACGAACAAAAUCGACAUCCCACUUAAGUGAGGUUUACCUUCCGAGUCACCCCUUGAACACCUCUCUCCUUGACUCCUGGGCAGCCAUCACCCCAUCACUGUUCUUCCAUGUUCUCACCUGCUUCCCCGAAGCCCUGGCAGUCUCAAGUUCCUUGUGAACUACUUUAUUCUCUGAUGUUCAGAUUCACCAGGAUGUUCACUGACUCCUCUCUUUCAUCACAGGUCCUCCAAGGUAGGAAAUAGACUAAGAGGAGUUAGUGGGUCAGCCACGAUUCUGCAGUCAGUCCUGGGACUUGGUAUCUGGGAAGACUGAAUCUCAGAGUGGCAGCAAACUCUAGAGAGAUAGAGUCUACAUUGGAUUUAAAGAUGAAUAAAACUCAGGGGAAAGAUCUGAGAGAAAAAAUAAAGACAGUCCCUUUUUUCAUUU